CAGGUUAGUUUACUCAAGCUGUGGGUCAGAUUAUCAGCAUCAUGUAAUUGGUUGGGACUUGUGAGUAGGGCAAAAGGUGGGUAAUUAAUGUGGGUGAAUUGACCCACAUAUCAGUUUAAAAUGAAAAAGAAUUGUAUCUUUUCUUAAUAUGAUCAAACCGUCAUUGUAUAUUUUCUAAUUGCACAAAUUAACAAAUAAUAUAAUUGAACUAUUAGUAUUGCCUAUUGGCUAGCUGAAGAAUCGUUAUUGCUAGUUAACUUGCAACUCAACAAUACUCACUAAUCAGUAACCCACGGAUUGUGAGGGGCUCUCAAUCUAUAUUAGAUAGAUGCAACACACAUUGCAAUACCAUCACCACCAUUAUAGUACACAACACAGAGGGGAGCAAAAUGACAAUGGAAGAAGAAGCUUUUGGGAUUGGGCAUGGUGAUGAGAUCCUGUGGAAUAGCAAUAUUCCUCCACUACUAAUCCUAAUACCCAUCCUCUUCUCCACCAUAUUCAUCCUCAGAUCCCAUCUCAAGAAGAAGAACAACAACAACAACAAACCAACAUUUCCCCUGCCUCCAGGACCAUGGAAGCUCCCCAUAAUCGGCAACAUCCACCAACUCGCCGCCCCUACCUCUGCCGGCGUCCCCAUCCACCGCCGCUUCGCCGAUCUAGCCAAGCGGUACGGGCCCGUGAUGCACCUCAAGCUCGGCGAGACCUCCAACGUCUUCGUAUCGUCCCCUGAAUCCGCCAGAGAGUUCCUCAAAACCCACGACCACAACUUCUCCUCCAGGCCUUACAUGCCGUCGGCGGAAAUCAUCUUCUACGGCGCCAAGGACAUCGCGUUCUGCUCCGAGGGCGAGUAUCUCCGGCGGAUGCGCAAGAUCUGCACAAUGGAGCUGCUGAGCGAGAAGCGAGUCAAGCAGUUGCGGCCGAUUCGAGAAGAUGAGGUCAACAAGCUGAUGAAGUUGCUGUCGUCGUCGGCGGCCGGAGAGGCGGUGAACCUGAGCCGGCUGGUGGUGUCGGUGGGCAACACGAUGACGUCGAGGGCGGCGUUUGGGAAGAUCAGGGAGCUCGAGGGAUCUUUCUUGCCGGUGAUGCAUCGAAUCCUCCAGGCGCUUAAUGGGUUCAAUGUGGGGGACAUCUUCCCUUCCAGCAGGUUGUUGCGUCGGAUCAGUGGGGCGGAGAGGCUAAUGAAGAAGCUCCACGAAGAGGCAGAUGGAAUCCUCCAAGAGAUACUCGAUGAACAUGUAUCGAGAAGAAGGAGGAGGGCAGAAGGAGAAAACAGAGCAGCAGCUGAAGAUGAUGAAGAAGAUCUAGUCGAUGUGCUGUUGAAUUGUACUGACAACCACCUUGAGGUUAAAGCCGUUGUCUUGGACAUAUUCCUGGCUGGGGGUGACACUUCCCCUAUCGUCAUCGAAUGGGUCAUGUCAGAACUGAUGAAAAACCCAGAAGUGAUGGAGAAAGUACAGAGAGAGGUUAGACACGUGUUUGAUGGAAAAGGGAAAGUGAUGGAUGAGGCGUACUUUAGCAAACUCCACUAUCUCAAGCUGGUCAUCAAAGAGACUUUCAGAUUGCAUCCUCCUGUUGCGCUCUUGAUUCCAAGGGAAUGUCGAGAAACGGUCGUGGUUGAUGGGUACCAAAUACCGGCGAAGACGAGAGUUUUCGUCAAUUCGUGGGCCAUCGGUCGAGAUCCUAAGCAUUGGACCGACCCGGAACGGUUCUUGCCGGAAAGGUUCCUCGACUCCUCCGUCGAUUACAAGGGCUCCGAUUUCCAGCUCCUCCCGUUUGGAGCCGGGCGGAGAAUGUGCCUAGGCAUGAACUACGGCAUCGCCGUCGUUCAUCUUCUGCUGGCGAAUCUACUCUAUCAUUUUGAUUGGAAACUUCCAAACGAAAUGAAACCCGAAGAUCUUGACAUGUUUGAAGAUUCCGGAGGUACACUUCCAAGAAAGAAUAGUUUGUGUCUCAUUCCAAUCCCUUAUCAUGCAACUUAAAAUGGAUGACUUCAGUUGAAACAAUAAAGACGUAGAUCAUGGGUGAUUUCACCCUAAAUUUCCAAUAAUUCGAGUUGUUAGAGGGGUGCGAGUAUGGACUUUAAUCUAUGAUACCAUGAUAUAAACCAACAAGUACAUGUGUGAAUCUUAAGCACUUCCUUGCAGCGUGUGAUUCCAUUUUCUUUUAAAUGUUGGGUUUAGGUUGUUAUGUGUGACUAUGGAUGGAAGAACAUAUUUUGAGAAUAUUGGUUGAUAAAUAUUAUUGGUGUACUUGAACUCUUUCAUGUCCUUAUUUAUCUUUCACUCUUGAUGAUUGAUGAAUUAAACAAGACAUCACGGUCAAACCAAUAUUGAUAACAUCUCUUAAGCCCAACUAAUUUCAAUGAUAUGAGUUAUUGGGAGUGAUUCAUGUACGACGUUUCCUUAUAAGUCCUUAUGAACUAGACAUAAUUAAUGGUUGUUUUCAACUCACAUGCUAUGUUCAGUCUGUACAAACUUUAAAAUCAUAAAUAAAAUCAGAGACCAACG